ACCAGAGCGCCCGGGGAGCAGUCAGGGGUUCAGUACCUCGCUCAAGGGCACUUCAGCCUAAGGCCGCCCCACGUCAACCUACUGCAUGUCUUUGGACUGUGGGGGAAACCGGAGCACCCGGAGGAAACCCACGCGGACACGGGGAGAACAUGCAAACUCCACACAGAAAGGCCCUCGCCGGCCACGGGGCUCAAACCCGGACCUUCUUGCUGUGAGGCGACAGCUGCUGUAACUCACAGCCAGUUCCCACCCACCAGACAGCUCUCUCCAAUCACGUCACAGAUUCCAACCAGGGAGGGCGAAGGUUAUCGUGCCCUUCCUCCAACAGAUGUGAAACCAGCCUACUGCAUCUUUUGGAACUGCUGCUCAUACAGAGUUGGGGGCGGGGCAACAGACAUGGAGGAAAGCGCUAUCUACCCACUUCCAUGCAAGGUCCAGAGACGAGACACAACGCUGGGUGCAGUGACGGAGACAUGAGACAUGGACAGUGAGGAGGAGAAGGAGCGUGAGAUGUCUCCUGAGAGACAGGAGGAGAGCCAGGAGACAGAGGAUGAGGCUGGAGAUGUGAUGGGACAGAAGGAGGACAAAGAAGAUGAGGAGGACGAGGAGAGAGGAGACAUGAUGGGACAGAUGAAGGACAUGGAGGAGUGGAACGGGAUUCUUUUGGAUGGUGUUACUGAGAGGACCCGAGAAGACAGCAUGGUGGUGGUGGACUGGAAGCCUGGUGACCCCGUGACCCCUCAGUACGUCCUCACACUGGCGAGAUACACACAAGAUUAUCUUUGCUCUCCGGAGGACAACAUCUACAACAUCCGCUUCUCCCGCUUCAAAAUCCGAGACCUGGAGCACGGAUCCGUCAUCCUGGACCUGAAACGACACUGUCCAACAGAAAUUAAAGAUGUAGUGGAAACAGAAGCAGGACGUUUUAUUCAGUAUCAUUUCACACCUUCUUUUCUGAACCUGAGAGAAAUCGGAGCCACCCUGGAGUUUACAGUGGGCAGUAAAGCAGUGAACAAUUUCCGACUCAUUGAGAGACACUAUUUCAGAGAGCUGCUGCUGAAGACCUUUGACUUUGAGAUUGGCUUCUGCAUCCCAUACAGCAGGAACACCUGCGAGCACAUCUACAGCCUCCCGGACCUCGACACACACACCAUUGAGGAGAUGAUCGCUCACCCGUUCGAAACGCAGUCUGACAGUUUCUACUUCGCGAACAAUAAGCUGAUUAUGCACCACAAAGCUGAGUACUCCUUCAGCGAGACACGCAACGAGUGAUCAACCACCCUGUACUAUUCUUCCACUCUGUAAAAGAAAUUAAACAGUUUCCCAUUUUCAAGAAGGAUGUUUAUAAUGCCUUUAAUGUCUGACUGACUCGUGUUGGCUAGUAAAAUGCUAUAUAUCAGUGUUUUAAAGUCUCUGCAGAAAUACAGAAUCAUCACAGAAGUCCAUUAGGAUUACUGAAGUACCAUUAAUCUAGAAACUGUUAUUCUACCCAUGAGACAUGAGUCUUCUGAUCAUCUUUUAAACAUGAGGAUAUGAAGCCAGAUGGAAAACACAAAAUACAACCACUGACCAUAAAAUAUCACUGUAAUGAGAUCAGCAGUGAGAAAUUAUUAUUAAUGAGUGAAAGAAUGAUUUUAAGUGUUUUUAUUCUGCAUUAAAGUAGCUGGCUCACCCUUCCCAGAAGCCUCUGCAAUAAGGAGCGACUCGCCAUUUUUUUGAUGCCAUCGAUAUUCCACAACAACGUGGAGACAUCCGACACCAUAGAUCAUAAAUUAUAUCAUGAAAUUGAAGAUAUUUUAUCAAAAUAGUUAUAUUUAAAAUUAUUGCGACUGAUUCAUUCUGUUGUAAUGGACCAGAACCGGCCAUGAAGGAAAGAAGAUAUCAGGCAUACUGUGUUCAAAACCUUCAUGUAUGACAUUCAGAUGAAGGUUUUGAAAGGAUCACUAACAGUGAAUUUGUGGAGGUUUUACUGCAGCGUGCAUGCAGUGGCCUGUAUGUAAACAAAAACAACAAAUUGGAUUCUGGGAUGGAUGAGCUGGCCCCUUUAAAGAGAAGCUGGAAAAGAAAAAUAAUCUUUUUGUGUGUUUAGUAGAUGACUACUAUAUUGAACUAUAUUGACUAUAUUCCCAGUCAUAUAGUUACAGAACUUGGGCAAGUUCUCUGU